AUGGCACGGAAAGGUGGUCCUUCUCUCCAAAGUAUCUCUAACCGGCUAGAACGACUGGAGGUAUUACUUUCACGUCUCGCCGAGGACGGUCAAGUAACGACAAGAGCAGCCGGUAGUCGUAGGCGCGAGACUCAGACACAAGCACAGUUCAAUUCUAGUGGAAAUGCCAACAGAACUGGGGAUUCAAAUCGACAUUCAUCCAACGAAGACCCGGGCCCUUCAACGUGGGAGUUGUUAUUGAAUGAGGAAGAGGUUGUCCAGUAUGCGAACAACUCAAUAGCAGAUGAUGAGGACCCAGUCCGAAAUCUACAGCCGGCUGCCUUAGAAACAACCUACUCACAUAUUCAGAAGAGCACAAAGGCUCAUAGCACACCGUAUGCGCAGCCAGAUGCCAUCGAGUCUUCAAAUUUUUUGGACGUGCUUAGUUUCUACCCUGAUACCCAGCUUGCUCUUCGAUUAUGGAAUGUAUAUAUCACGUCGGUCGACCCGGUCCUCAAAAUUUUGCACAUACCAACUGUCCAAUCUACAAUCGUCGGGAUCAUUCUGGAUCCCAAAUCUGCACAGUCUUCUAUAGUGGCGUUAACAUAUGCCAUCUAUUUUGCCGCCGUCACGGCACUUUGUCAUGAUGAUAACGAAUCCAUUGUUCUGCCUUGCGAGAAAUCAUUGCUCUUGGAAAAUUACAAGAAAGCCUUAGAUCAGCUUCUCAUGCCUACGGAACUUAUGAGACGUCCCGAGAUAGAGUCACUACAGGCUCUUGCGAUAUACGCUACUUGUCUGCGUGUCCAUGAAGUCGGCCGAAGCGUUUGGGUUCUCAAUGGACUAGCGAUCCGACUUGCUCAAUCAAUUGGCCUGCAUCGAGACGGUGCCUCCUUGCAACUGGGACCCUUUGACACCGAAAUACGUCUCCGUCUCUGGUGGCAUUUAUGCGUGUUGGAUUCUCGUGCCCCGGAGGAUCAAGGAUUCCAACCUACCGUCGAUGUUAUCAACCGUGGAUUACGACUUCCCUUAAAUGUAAACGACAAUCAAAUCUACCCAGGCAUGACGCGUCUUCCAGUGGAGUCGCACGGUUGGACAGAAAUGUCCUUCUUUUUGAUUCAAACAGACUCUUGCCGGCUCCUACAUCCGAUUCUUAGUAUACAAGAGCAAUGUUCCACCAAUGCUUCUCUAAGUAUCCAGGAAAAAAGAAACCUUAUAGACGAGCAAGGUCGAAUUUUGAAAGCUAAAUAUGAUAUGCAAGCUGGUGACGCAGCACCCACAGAUCUAUCACGCAUCGCUUUUCAGCAUACCGCUACUGCAUGUAAAAAAAUGCUAUUUGUGCUGCAGCUACGAGAAGAAAUCAGUAUGCGAAACCAAAAGGACGCGCAAGAUGAUGCAAUUUUUGACGUUCACAAGGAGUCUUUUAAGUUGGCCUGUGAUGCUUUGGAAUGUAGUCGCGUGUUACUGAAAGAGGACAUGACUUCUGGGUCCGGACUUCAAUGGUUUUUCAAAAUGUAUACUCAAUGGUAUGCCCUUGCCUACGUUCUGCGCUGUCUCUGUGGCAGUCCCCGGGGACCAGAGACCGAACGCGCCUGGACUUUGGUUGAAGAGCUCUUCCCUCGCGGAAUGAAUCUUGAUGAUGAAUAUGGGCACGGUAGCAUUUGGUCAUACCUCAAUCUCCUCCGAUCUCGUGCUUCAUCUUUGAGACAGGAUGACCAGCGGCGGUUGUCUGGAAGUAAUGAACAGUUUAUUUCCUCUCACAGUUUCCCUCUAGAUUCGAAAAUUCCGCUCUCCACCGACACAGGAACGGCAACGGAAACAACACCACUAGUCGCAGCGCAUGGCACAUCAAGCUUUCCCGAAGAAGGACAAAAUUUGAUAACCGAUCCCAAUCAGACGUAUAACUCAUUUAUAGAUUUGUCAAUGCCAGAGUUCCCCUUUUUGCCCGAUUGGAAUGCCAUUAUUAAUGGGUGUCUGAUCAAUGAUAUUCCCGAAAUCGAUACGUCUUUUACCGGAGACUACUCUGCUGACGCCGCGUAG